AUGGGAGGCAUCACAAUAGAAAAAGAACAGUCAAUAAACCGAGCUGGUAUUGUUCAAGAGGAUAUUCAGCCUGCAGGGUUAAAAGUGUGGUCUGAUCCAUUUGGAAGAAAGUAA